GUCUGUUGUUGCGUUUAGUUUAUAUCUAUCGUGAUUGGAUACGUUUGCAUUUACGGAACGCGAAUUAAAAAAAUAUCGAUAUUCGACAUCUGUCAAAGAAUCAGUAUUCCGGAAUUCUGCUUGAUGUGAUAUGAAUUUCGUGUAAUAUAAGUGUUUUAAUUAAGAUAAAAUACGUUUAAUCGGUGCAAUAAUGUGUUUUACUUGAUGUUUAUUGGAACUAUGUGGAUAUAAUGCAAAGAAUUUGUGAUGUGUUUUGUGUGUCUACAUAGUUUGUGAGGAUUGUACAGCUGCUUAUUGGGAUUAAAAAUACGCCUAUCGCCAUGUUCAACUUUAUGAAAAAGUCGGCGGUGCUAACGGGCGGUGACGCCGGCGGUUGUGAGGAGCGCGACGGCGAGAAAGAGAGACGGAAAAAGGAGAAAAAGGAGAGGAAAGAGAGGGAGAAACGGGAGAGGAUAGCGGCCGGCCUCGUCGAAGAACCUUUGAGGCUUGAGGAGGUGCGACGGUCACUGAAGCUGCGAGGCAGGCGCAAGGAAAAAGAGAAACUACCCUCAGGCAUAACAGCCGAUUACACUGCUUCGUUGUUUGCUCACUUGGAACAAGACUCCAAUUAUUCCAACUAUCCCCUCAUACCCACCUCGGGGUCCAAUUCGAACUUGAGUGAUGAGAACAAUCAUCUCUAUCCCGCCACGCACACUUGGAGCAAAAAGGAGGGGAUUUUACAAUCUGAUAGUUCCGAAACCUCUCUCAAUUCUCUAAACAAUCCAAACAAUGCUAACAGCAGUCCGCGACAACCGCCAAAUCUACCUCCUAUACCACCGCGACCACCAAAACGAGGAAUCCUCAAGGGCCCUCGCCUAAGUAAUACUAGUUCUAAUUCCCUAGAGAGCAAUGUCCAAAGUACAGACACCGUCGACAACGUCAAUGGCCAGGAUUCCAACUUGUUGGCUCGUAACACGCAACAAAAUGAGAUUAUCUCUUACGGAAUCCCGCCCUCGAAAAGCACCUCUUCCAGUGAUGAUUUACAGCAAAUGCAGAAUUUUACCAAAAAAGUCAUUCACAGUCCAGUGGAUACACAGUUUAAAAAUUAUAAGAAUAACGCAAAUAACCCUUCGAUAACGACACAAGAUGCUGACGCGAGAUCUGACGAAGCGCCAAAGACGAAUGGAAACAGUUAUCUUGGAGUAACUUCUACGUCGCCCAGUGCUGAUUCCUUGACCGACACUACAACGAAUUCGUCUUUCGCUACACCCCCGUUUUCUACUUCACCUGUUGGAGAAUCUCAAGGUUUUCACAGGUGGUCAAGGACUAGUAACUUCGACGAUGUUUACUUACCGCUACCAUCUCUAGCUCCAUUGCAAUUGCCUAAACCAAGAUUAUUGACUAUACAGAGACAAAAGGCGCCACGAAACGAUUUCGGCUUCAGCCUGAGACGAGCGAUGGUACAAGACAGGAUUUUCAUUGGAGAAAUGAAUGGCCACGAGAAUGGUUUAUUUAAUGGUGAUAAUAAAUGUAGCGGCACCGCCAACAUGAUUAGCAAAUUGACAUACAAAGCCGUAAUACUGGCUGAACCGGGCUCGUAUCCUGGUGCGAGCGAGACAGGGCUGCUACCCGGAGACCGACUGCUUGAGGUCAACGGCGUUAACGUAGAAGAGAAGAGCAGGGAAGAAGUGAUCGACCUUAUCAAGGGCAGUCACGAUUUUGUGACUAUUAAGGUGCAACCAAUAGCCGAGCUGUGCGAGCUGUCGCGCAGGCGCGCUGCGGACGGUGGCGGCGACGUGGAUCUCUCCGACAGCAACGUGCGGUGCGGCACCCUCAGCCGAUCGGGCAGUCGCAGGUUCAACAGCACUCAGGCCAAAUCCGAAGAGCAGCUCGCGUGCGAGAAGGAAUGGCUGCAGGCCGGCCACAUGUGGCUCGCGCAUCGCGGUGGGUUCACCGCCGUGGUGCGGGAGGGAGACGCGGACGCCGGCAGGGCCAAGGUUCGAGUCCUGCAGACCGGCGAAGUGCUCACCGUUGAUGAGGAUGACUUGGAAAAGGCCAACCCGCCGCAACUGGAACGCUGCGAAGAUAUUGCCUCCCUGCGCUGUUUGAACGAGUGCGGCGCUCUGAACGUGCUCCGCUCGCGAUACGCCGCCGGGCUGCCGCACGCCCGCGCCGGCCACGCACUCUUGGUAUUGGGACCGCCGAAACGCACCUCGCCUGUUUAUACUGAAAAGGUGGCGGCGAUGUUCCGCGGAUGUCGCGCUGAUGACAUGCCGCCGCACGUGUUCGCCGCAGCGCAGUCCGCGCACCGCUGCAUGCUCGCCUCGAGGCGGGACCGCGCGAUCGUGUUCCUGGGCAGAUCCGGCUCGGGCAAAACAUCUGCGAUGCGUCACUGCGUGUGGUAUUUAGCCAGCGCGUACCCUGCGCAGGGCUCGAAGCUCACGCCCGAACGACUCGACGCCGCCUUCGACGUACUCAACCUGUUUGGAUCUUGUCGCACGGGAUCGAACCCGUACGCGACCCGGUUCGUGUCGCUCGCGUCGUUGGACUUCGACGGCGGCGGCGCGCUGGUGUCCGCUUCGGUGCAGACGCUACUGCCCGACUUGAGACCUGGACACACGCUACUGAGAGCUUUGCAUACCCUAUACCACGGAUGCGACGGUCGUCUCCGCCGCGAGCUACUCCUGGACCAAGCGCCGGUGAACGCUCCGAACCCUUUCAUCAGCCCGAGCGAGAAAGCGGACGCGCCGAGCGAGUUCUCGGCGCUGAAGGAAGCGCUGCAGCUGCUGAAUGUGAAUGAGCAGGAGCAGAUGGCCGUGUGGAAGGUCAUGGCUGCUAUCUGCCAUUUAGGAUGGGCUGGCGCUGUGAAAGCGACCACGGGCUCGGUGAUAAAGUACCAAUUCGCGAGCGCGGGCUGCGGACAGCGCGCGGCGCGCCUGCUCGCCGUCGGCGCGGACGACCUCGCGCGGGCAGUGUUCGCGACUGUACCCACCUCGCCGCAACCCAAUGCCAACCUCAGAACUCCAUCUCCAUCGAACGAGAAAGAAAUGUCCGGCACAGAAGCGUUGGACGCAUUCGUAACCGGCCUCUACAAUGAGACGUUCAACAUGAUCGCGGCAUUAGUUAACAGGAGCGUGUCGUCGUCGUCGCGGACGUCUGCGUCGAUAUUGUUGCUGGACGCGCCCGGCGCCGACAACCCCAUGUGCGCCGGACAGCAGAGCGGCGCGCCGCUCUCCAAACUGCUCUCCAACUACUUACAGGAGCGUCUGCAGGCGGUGUUCCACGGGGCGCUGCUGGUGGCGCCGCGCGACCGGUACGCGCAGGAGGGCAUCACACUCGACAUCGGCGCAGAAGAAGACUGGCUGUCAGAGACCGUGAACCCCGGUCCGAUGGUGGAGUUGCUAGACAAGUCGCCGCAGAACAGCAUCGUGCGGAGCUCGCAGGCAGACCUCAGGGAGUGCGACCGACGUGGACUGUUGUGGCUACUAGACGAAGAGUCGAUGUACCCCGGCUCGUCGGACGACACGUUCCUGGAGCGAGUGAUGACGCACUACGGCGCGCCGAACCAGACGCAGUACCUCAUCAAGAAGGCGCCGCACGCCAGACAGUUCGUCUUACAGCAUUUGCAGGGAACCAACCCAGUUCUGUAUGACGUUACCGGUUGGGUCAAAGCAAGUCGAGAGAAUCCAGUGACGAAAAAAGCUCUGACACUGCUACAGGAGAGUCAAAACGAGGAGCUGUCGCGCAUGUGGUCGUGGUGCCGCGGCGCGAGCGGCGCCAGCGCGUGGGCGGGCGCGCCGCACGACCACAGCACGCUGCGCCGCGCCUCCUCCAUCCGCCGCACACUCACCACCGGCACCGCGGGCAUGAAGCGUCGCUCGACGGCGCUGCAGGCGAAGUUCGUGGCGGACGGCGUGGUGGACACGCUGCGGCGCUGCGGCGCGGGCGGCGUGCAGUUCGUGUGCUGCCUGCUCGCCAACCAGCCCGCCGACGCCAACGACGACGUCAACAUACCGCUGCUGCGCUCACAGUUCCGCGGAUUUCAACUGUUGGAUGCGGCUAGGCUGUACAAGCAAGGCUUCCCGGAACACAUGCCGCUCAAUGAAUUCGCUAGAAGGUACCGGUUGUUAGCAACAUCAGAGAGCGAGAAUGAGUCGGCACCACAGACCACGCUGUCAGACCGGCAGAUCGUCGACGACAUGCUCCUCACCCUCGACUUGGACGUGUCCAGCUACAGGCUGGGGCUCACACAAAUCAUGUUCCGCGGCGGCGUGGUGGGCGGUCUGGACGCGCGGCGCGACGCUGCCCUGGCGCGCGUGCUGGUUCGGUUGCAGGCUCGCGCGCGCGGUCUGCUCGCGAGGCGGCGCGCGCAACGGCUCCGCACGCAGCACACUGCCGCGCGUUGCAUACAGCGCAACGUGCGCGCGUUCCUCGCCGUGCGCGACUGGCCCUGGUGGAGACUCUUGGUGCGCGUUACGCCGCUGCUCGCCGUGCAUCGUACUGAGCACAGGCUUAAACAGGCCCAGGACGAGUUGGAGACACUACGAGCGAAGUUGGACAAAGUGGAAAGCGAACGCACCCACCACAAGAACGAGAACGAACGGCUCGAGACUAAGCUAUCAGAAGUCGGCGGUGAGUUGGCAGAAGAGCGUGCCGCGGCUGCACUCGCAACAGAACGCGCGGAUGCCGAGGCAGCCGAGAGGCUUCGCGUAGAACGCGACAACAGAGACUUGGUCGCCAACAACCAACGGUUACAACAGGCGUCGGAGCGUUUAGAACUGGAAUUACUUCAUUGGCGGUCUGCGGAAAGCGGUGGAGCUGAACCUUCUGACUCCGAGGGCUCUGAAGCUGACGUCAGCGGCGCCGGAGACAAAUACAAGAGGAGAUAUGAGAGAGCUCAUCGGGAACUGCAACUCCUGCGCGCGCAACUGCGCAGGCAACACGAAGAUGAUUUGGAGCAACUCGUUACUGUCAAGAAACAACUUGAAAAGAAGGUCCAAGAUGCAUACGAGGAGGUGGAGGAACAGAGAGCGGUGGCGGCGCAGUGGAAGCGCAAGCUGCAGAAACUCACCAACGACAUGGCCGACCUGCGCUCGUUGCUCGACGAACAGACUUGCCGCAACAAUUUGCUUGAGAAGCGGCAGCGCAAGUUCGACAGCGAGUUGCACGCUGCCCAGGAGGAGCUCAAGAGAGAGCGCGCGGCGAAGGAACGACUCUCGCGCGAGCGGGACCAGGCGCACGCAGAGAAAUACGCACUUGAGCAGAGCCUCUCUGAAGCUCGCCUGGAGCUGGAGCUGAAAGAGGAGCGGCUGGCGGCGGCGACGCGCGAGCUGGAGGAGCGCGGCGGCGGCGGCGACGAGCUCGCCGCGCUCCGGCGCGCGCGCACAGACCUGGAGCGGCGCCUGCGCGACCAGGAGGAGGAGCUCGACGACCUCGCUGGACAGAUACAGUUGCUGGAGAGUUCGAAGCUGCGCUUGGAGAUGUUGCUGGAGCAGCAACGCAAGGAGGCGAGACUGGAAGCCGCCGCGCGAGAUGACGAGAUGGAGGAGACCAGGGCCAACGCUGCCAAGAAACUUAAGAUGCUGGAGAGCCAGCUGGAGAGCGAGCACGCGGAGCGCAGCCUGCUGCUGCGCGAGCGGCACGAGCUGGAGCGGCGCCUCGCCUCGCUCGAGGAGACCGCGCGCGCGGAGAACCACGACCAGGCGCAGCUCGUGCAGAGGCUCAAGAGGGACCUGAAAAGAUACAGAGCUCUGCUGCGCGACGCACAAACUAUGCUUGAACAGAAGGAAAAAGAAGGCGGUGGCAAGGCUCAGAUCAGACAGCUCAAGAAUCAGGUGGAAGACCUGGAGCUGGCAGUCCGUGCGGCGACGAAGUCGAAGCAGGCGGCGGAAGCGGAAGCGGCGGAAGCAAACGCAGCGCUGGAGGAGGCAACGCGCGCACGCGCCGACGCCGCCGAGCGCGCACUCAGCGCCGCACGCGACGCCGCCGCCGCGCGCGCGCAGCUCGACGACGCAGAGGAGGAGGCCGCCGAGCUACUGAAGAAAUACCGUGCGAGCACGAACGCGUUAUGCGCCGCGCAAGGCGAAGCGCGAGAAGCGGAGGCGCGCGCGGUGGCCGCGCAGGAGGAGGCGCGUAAUGCGAAGGAGCGUAUAGCAGAGCUGACAGCACGCUUGGCUGCAGCCGAGGCGGGCCAUCAUCAUGACCAGCACGAGGCAGAACGCCGUCUUGAUCUUCGCAAUAAGGAGUUGGAGUCGAGCCUGGAGUUGGAGGCGACAGCGCGCGGACGCGUGGAAGGACAGCUGGCGCGAGUGCGCGAGGCGCACGAGCAGCUCGCCGCUGAGCUCGCCGCCGCACGCACGCGCGACCAGCUCGCCGCCGACGACCUGCGCAAGCUCACCAGGCAGCUCAGGGAGCUGAAAGAAGAGAACUCUUCGCUGGAGGGGCGGCUGGGCGAGGCCAUGCGCGCGCGCGCCGCGGCGGAGGCGGCGGCCAGCGCGGCCGCAGCGGACGCGGCCGCCGCGCGCGACGAGGCCCGCACUGCCGCGCGCCGGGCGCACGCGCUGCAGGAGGCCAUCGCCGCAGACCUGCACGCGCCGCUCGACUCCCGGGACACGGACAGUGACAACGAUAGCUACAGUUCGGACGAGUCGAUAGGCACGUUCCUGGCGAACCACAAGCUGAGCCCAUCAGCGCCCUCUAGGAGUAGCAUACACCUCGACAAUUCACACAAAUCGCACAGUACAGAAGGGCGUGACAGUCGUUGCAGCGCGGGCUCAACAUCAAAACAGUCGCCAUUGAAGGAAUCGGUCGCAUAACACGACGUGUCGGGCGCCGGCGCCGCGCCCCCCACGCCCCCCGGGUCCGCUGGGGCCCCCGCGCCCCCGGUGGCCCCCGCGCCCUCCGCGGCCCCGGGCCUGCUCGCCGCCGCGCUGCCCGCGCUCUGCGCCGUGCUCUGCUCCCGUCAGAGGCACGACUCCGCGCAUCUGGCCAUACAAUAGCUCCACAAUUAUAGAAACUUCCAGAACUAUAUACAAAGGCCUCAUAUUUAUGACGCUGAUCGCAGCCCUUGUAAAACAGGUUAUGUAACUUGGUAUACUUGUCAGUAGAACUCAGCAUAGAAAAAAAAUCUUUCUUUGAACAAACCUCCGUAGUCUUACUACUCUGCUGAUUUCUUGGUACUUCUUUUGCUGAUUUGACCUUUCUGUCAAUAUCAUUUAAAUACCUCAAAUUUAUGCAUUAUUAGGUUGACCUGCUUAGAAUCGGUAGAAGAACCUUCCAAAACAUAAAUGAUAUUAAACUUCCUUUCCGACUUCCCUACUUUCCUACCAAAGCAGGAUUUAGACACCUACAAAUAUCAGGAAUUAGGCCAUCUUGCACCUAGUCAUAAGAAUUCAUAUAUUAAAUAAAAUUACCCGGACUUUGCAAAACCGAAACUCGGUAAAUGACUUCAAAUAAUGAGUGACAAGAUAUGAUGAUGAUAAUGAUUGUUCAACUUACAGAUCAGUAGACUGAUUAGAUGAAACGAAAUAACGACCUAAUUUUUACAUAUUGAAUAGUAACGAAUAACAAUCCGACAUGCUUGGAAAAACUUGAAUCAAGUAAAAUACCAUAGUCCGUUUUAAAUGUUACUAUCCACUUCCCGGUACCAUAAACGACUUCACAAUUCGAAGACAAUUGUAAUAACGACAGAAACGAAGACGAUAAUACGUGCACUAUUAAGGUUUUACAGUAUCGAUUAAUACGACAAUCGAUUUGAAAUACGCUUCAAUGCUUACAUUUAGAAAUAUAUACGAUAUACAACAAUGGCUCCUAAAUUUAGACUGCAUAUACAAUAAAGAAAAAGUUUUUACAUCUCAAUUUUUAAAAUUCGAAUUUUAACGCUUUUGAUAUGAAUUAUAGAGGUCACAUUAUCGAUAUUAGAUAGUCCAGUAUGUAGACAGAUGGCGCUAGUGUCAAACUAAAAUUAUGCAUUCCAGAAUAUCUAAAUGUAAUGUUUGAACGCGUAUCGACAAGCGGUCUUCUAGACGCACUAGCGGCAUCACAAUUAGGCUUUGACAUUAUUUAUUUAGUGUAGAACUUAUCGUAGAGACAAUGUCGAUUAGAAAUCGCGCGGCUAAACGCCAGCCAGUCAGUAUUUAGGCGGUCUAGUGGCGGUAAGGCUCGGUUCACACGCACUACACUCUUUUAUCAAAUAUAUAGCAAAAUACAAUAUUAUGUACUUGAGUAGAAUAGCAACUUAGGUAAAUAAUCUUCAAUAGUAUUAUAACGUUUCUCUUCCACGCGCGGUGCGUGUGAACAAGGUCUUAAACUUACAAAAUAGUUAAGUUCUUUGUUGUUUAGUUAGCUAACUUUUGUAAAUAACUAGAUGGCAUAUAAGAUUUAUUAUUUAAUUUGUAAUAUUUGUGUGAUCAGACUGUUAUUAUAUGAUUUAUUUGUUAUAGUUGUUGCUUUAUCAUGUAGACGUCGGACAUAUCUGUUAGGUAAAUAGGGGUUUUUGUGUAUCUCCUACCUUCAAACGUUUUUAUUUUAAUUUAAUUUUUAUUAUACACUUGUCUAUUAUGUAAAAUUAUUUUUAUUUCAGUCAAUGAUCUGUGCUAAAAGUUUGUUUUCAUUGGCAAUAUUCUUAUAUUUAAAUUAUUACUUCCAAUGAGAAUUGUCAAAGGUAAAUGAGAACAUACUAAUGAAAUUAGAUUUGAUUGAUUAAUUUUACGUAAUAGCCGAGUGAGAAUUCGAUGUAUAUCCCUCGUAUUAUAAUCGUAAAUGUGUAUCUGUAUGGAAUAUUAUUAUGUAUACCUCUUAUCUGUGUGUCUGUAACCGCAAAUAAUUAAUUUGUCUAUAAUAUGUGUAUGAUAAUGUGAUGAAAUGUUACUGCAUUCAAUACUGGUUGUAAAAUGAAAUUAUUUAAUAAAGUAACUGGAAUAAUUA